CCUAGACACUUCUUGUUAUAUCACAGGAGGCGGGGCUUCACUCCUCUCACAGAGCAGAGAGUGCAGGUUCUCCAGCCCACAUGUGGACAGAGCCGCCUGCUCAGGCCUCCAGGAUGACCAUCCCUGCCUCCUGGCCCCGCCCUCCUCCUUGCCUGCUGCUGACUCUACUGCUGGGACUCACAGGAGUGGCAGGUGAGAAGGAGCUGCAGGUGAUUCAGCCUGAGAGGUCGGUGUCCGUCGCAGCCGGAGAGACGGCCACUCUGCUCUGCACCGUGACCUCCCUGCUCCCCAUAGGGCCCAUCCAGUGGCUCAGGCAGACAGAAACAGGAUGGGAGUUAAUCUACAGUUUCAUGCAAAGUGAGGGAACCCACCUCCCUCGAGUAACAAAUGCUUCAGACAACACAAGGAGAAACAACACGGACUUUUCCAUCCGCAUCAGUAACAUCACCCUAGCAGACGCUAGUAUCUACUACUGUGCGAAGCUCUGGAACCAAGACACUGACAACGUGGAGUUUAAGUAUGGAACAGGCACUUGGCUCACUGUGACUGGCCCAGCAAUGUCUACUGAAUUCCUCACCGCAUUGCUCCUUGGCCACAAGGUGCUGCUGGCAGUAGGUGUCUCUGCCAUCUAUGUACACAGGAAGCUGAGGGCCUGACUCAGAAGAGGAGAUAACAGCCGGCUUCCUCACAGAGCCCUGGAGACCACAAGACCAGACAAAGCCUGAUUUCUCACUCCCAGAGGAUUACACAGGCACAGAAGCCACCAAAUGAACUGCAACUAUUCCCGAUAGGUGGUCUGUACCAAAAUAUUCCCCUUGUCAUAAACUGUAUGCAGGACUGGUCCUUGUGGACAAUAUUCAGAAGUGAGGAGUGCUCAGAUAUAUGCGCUUAGCCAGGCACCUAGAUCCCACCCAAACACCUUGCCAACUUAGAAAUUUUUUACACUUUCUCUCACCUUCCCCAUUUCUUAGAUGAUUUAGUUCCAAGAUUGUCCAAUCAAGUCUCCCAAAUUAGAAUUGAUGAAUACAUAUAGUUUCUUUUUACCAUGGUUCUUUAAAUUUCCUCUAAGUCUUUAUUUGGGGACACUGAUGAAAGCCUUGUCUCCAGUCUCCUCAUUUGGCAGCUGGAUAAAUAAAUCUUUUUUCUGGUUUCUCCUUGAAAGGACCUUGUGCACACAGUUGGUGCCACAGCUUUUGUAUCAGCUGCUCAAAGGAUGCACCCAUUGGUUGCCUGGUGGCCAGUGAAGCUUGUGUUUGUGGAUCACACAGGACUGUAGCAAACAAAAAACAAUUCUUAAGUGGCUAUUCUGUAAAGGCUUAGCUCAGAGACAGCAGUCAAACACUCCCAUCUCCCAGUCUUUCCCUGAAAGAGGUCUAUUUGCACACUUCAAAAGCUGCUGUCUGAGGCACCAGCUUCCAAUCAGCCUGCAACUAGAUGCUGAUUAAGAUCCUUCCCUUGGGACACUGAAAAGCCUUGGGAAACCUCCACUGGUGGGAGCCACUGAGAACAAGGAGGGCAGCUUGGACCUCACAAAGUCUGGGGAGACAACCAAGAGCUAGAGCAGGGCUGGAUGAUGAGAUUCACCUCCUACAGGAGACCACUGCAUCAAGGCUGGGGGAAGCAGCUCUUCUAUCUGAUGCACAGAAACCAACACAGAGAGCCGAGGACAAUGAAGAAAUGGAGGAAUAUGUUCCAAACAAAAGAACUAGAUAAAACUCCUGAAAUAUACCUAAAUGAAAUGAAGAUAAGUCAUUUCCCUGAGAGUGUUAGAAAAUGUCCAUAAAGAUCUCACCUGGCCAGGAAUACAAUGCAUGAAAAAAGUGAGAAUUUCAACACAGAGAUUAUAAACUAUAAAAAAGUACCAAACAGAAAUCACAGAGGUAAAGAAUACAGUCACUGAAAUAAAAAAAUUCAAUAGAAAGUUUCUAACAGCAACUCAAUGAAGCAGAAGAAAGGAUCAGGGAACGCAAAGACAGGGCAGUGGAAUACAUCCAACCAGAUGAACGGUGCAGUGACUAUAAAAAACAGUACGGCAGGUCUUCAAAAAAUUAAAAAUUGAUCUACCUUCCACUUGUGGGUCUAUAACCAAAGGACAUAACAAUCACUAUCUCAAAGAGAUAUCUGCAUCUCAUUGUUCAUGUCAUCAAUUUUUACCAUAGUCAAGACAUGGAAGCAACCUAAGUGUUCAUCAUUCUAUGAAUGUAUAAAGCAAAUGUGGAUACACACACACACACACACACACACACACACACACACACACAGGAAUAUUAGUCCACCAUAGAAAA